CCCAUCAUGCACCCAGGCCCCAGGGUGCCCGGCCCAGCCUGAGGCCUGAGACCCCGGCUGACCCCAGGGACCCGGGAGGCGUCCAGGAUGAGGAGCUGAGCGCUGGUGAACGGCUGCGCUCCCGGCCCACCGCGGAGGUCCCGGCCCCUAAUAACCUAGCAGCCUCUCGGCCCCGGCCUGCCUUCGGCACCUACACAUCGGGCCUAAUAUGGCCGCUAGUGCUGGGACCGGUGGGGUGCGCAGAGGCCGGGUUAAGGUCGGGGGCCAGGGACUGUUCCCGGCAUUCCUCACGGGCGUAGCGUGGGCUCCCUUUCCCCAUCUCCAGACCCCACGCGAGGGACACCCUCGGGCUUUGAGGUAGCAUGGCUCAGAGCUUGAUUGAGGUGGAGCGCAAGUUCAUUCCUCGGCCUGGCACAGAGGAGCGUCUGCAGGAGUUGGGGGCUACCCUGGAGCACCUGGUCACCUUCCAAGACAGCUACUAUGACACCCCUGAGCUGAGCCUCAUGCAAGCUGACCACUGGCUGCGACAGCGAGAAAGUAGUGGAUGGGAGCUCAAAUGCCCUGGAGCAGCAGGUGUCUCAGGACCCCACACUGAGUAUAUGGAACUCACAGCUGAGCCUGCAAUUGUGGCCCAGCUCUGUGAGGUCCUGGGGGCUGAGGUUCUGGGGACUGGAGGUGUGGCCGCUGUGCUGGGCCCACUGGGGCUGCACGAAGUAGCUAGUUUCGUGACUCAACGUAGAGCCUGGAAGCUUGUGCUACCUGGAGCUGAUAAAGAGGAACAGCUGCUCAGGGUAGACCUGGACAUAGCUGACUUUGGUUACACUGUGGGUGAGGUAGAGGCCAUGGUGCACGAGGAGGCUGAAGUCCCAGCUGCGCUAGAGAAGAUCUACAGCCUCAGCAACAUGCUUGGUGUGUCGGUGCAAGAGAAGGCGCCUGCCAAGCUGAUAGUGUACCUCCAGCGCUUCCGGCCUCAGGACUGUCAGCGCCUGCUAGAAGUGCACAGCUCCAGAGAGAAGCCACAGGGGACUGAUGAUCCUGACAGUAUCUUGGGCUAGGGUGUCACUUCCUCAGUGGGGAAGAGAGCUCUGGGUCUGACCAGGUUCAUUCCUGGGCUCGCUGUGCCACUUUCCCUGGUUUCCUUUCCCACAGUGACUCCUCUCCAGCCUUCUAUUCCUUCACCCUACCCACAGCUAUCUUUCCUCCAGCCCUCCCAGACUGCCUCCUCUCCCUCAUCCAUCAGAUGCAAUCUGUGGGCCGCCCCUCUCCCCUGGCCGCUAAGCAGCCUCCAUUGAUUUCCGCUCGUGUUUAUAGGAUUUCCACUUAGCUGUGAUCAGUAGUUAAGCACAGGAAAAUCCCCUGCCACCCCCUCCCUUGGUCGAUGCCAUUGAUUCUGCCAGCGGCUCCUAAACUGCCUUACAGCUGAGUUAGAGAUGAGGGGAGGUAGCAGGGAUUUCCCUGCCUUGGGGUAUGGAGAACAGCAGCAGGUUGGGUAAAUGGGUGGGAAUCCGUGUUAGAAAUCCAGAAAUCCUGGUUUAAUUUUGCAUCUAUGCCAGGCUCUGGCCAAGAAGGCAGAGUGCCCCUAGUGGAGGUUUAGGGGCAGAUUUGCUCCCCAACCUGAAAAGAGGCAGAAAGAAAACCUUUGUUGAAACAGGAUCCUAAGGCUCAGGGGAAGAUAAGUAUUUCCUAAGAAGUCGGUUUCUUUGCUGUUAUUCAUAGAUGUUUUCUGCCUCAAAUAUGCCCAAAUAAGGCUAUUCCUCCUCAGGCUUUAUUGGGCUUUUCUCAUUUGUGGCAAUGGGGAGGGGGGCAGGCCCCCCCGGCAGUUUCUGCAGUGGCAAGCACAGGAACAGAGCGCUGGUGGUCCUCUGGUGUAGGUAGGCUCCAAGGUGCUGGGACCUCCUGUGGUGUUGGAGCCACAGGAGAAUUUCAGGCUGUGAGUGGAGGCUGCCUUACUGCCAUGUCUCCAUAGGCAAGUUGUUCACCUCAAAGAUCUCCUGCACCAACUGGCCAAAGUGGUUGUAGGUGAGGCGCAGCUUUAGCCGUAAAGUGGCCUAGAAAUGGGAGACAGAGACCAGGGUUAGCACCUCUGACAUCUGUCCCUGGAUCUUAUCCAUAGGGUGCUUUUUAGCUCACCUUGUUAGGAUUGUGGAUUUGGAGGAGCUGGGUCAUCGGAAGGCCACUCUGAGCUGGAACUGUGUCCCCACUGGGGGCCUGUAGCUGCAGCUGGAAACUCUGAAGAUAGGAGGUUGGGGCAGAGCACAGUAAGGCAGCAAGCUGGGCUCAGGCAACCCCUCUACACUCAGUGGUCUUAAAUUCUUCCCAGAACUCCCCAAGUACUUGUCUCUGCAUGUCACUCCCUUCCCUACCCAGUUUCUCUAUUAGUGGCUUUUUCUCCCAGAGUGCCCUGGCCAUUACUGAGUGCUGGUCUUCCACAAACCUUGGGCACAGCAGCCUGGCAGAUGAAGUGGGUGACAUCACCCCUUGAGGUGUUGGUAGCAGUGACAGUGAUUAAGAGCACAGCAGGGGUUUCAGGGGGUCGAACAAAAGACAGAUUCAGCUGGAGUCCUUCGCGCUCAAACACUUUGAGAUUUGGGAUGGGAGCUAGAGUAGGGAGAGAGAAGCAGCUCAGUGUACAGGCUGAAGAUAAUGAGUUCAUGUAUUCAUUCAGCAACAAUUAGGUGAGUGCCCACUGGGUGCAGGGCACUGCUUGAGAUGCUGCUGACAAAGUGGACAAGAACAUAAGUCCCUGUUGGAGCUUAUAGUCUAAUGGAGGGAUAGAAACAAUAAACAAGAAAACAACCAA